AUGAAUAUUUCCGAGGAAAAGUGGUCAAUUCAACAGACUUCUCAAGUUCCUCCUUCUCCUCAACAUCAACAUUCUACAAUGUCACCACAGAUGAACGGUAUGCCUACGGAAAACUUUAUACAGCCAUUUCCAUACGAAAGUCAAGCAGCGCAAGGUCAAAUGCACUCUCAGCAAAUUUUUGUUUCAAUGUCUACCCCUGCUACUCCUACGACGCCUCGACAGAAUGAUUCUCCGAAUAUCAAUUCAACCACAAACACACAAAACUCUGUUCCUGAUCGUAAGAUUGACAACCGUCCAACAUUCACAUCAUUUCACGCGGCGCCUUUCCAGCCUAGUGUUAGGAAGCGUAGGGCAGAUGCAUCCGGUUUCCCAGUAGACGCUGGCCCUUUCUUCUCACCGACUCAACAACAUUAUAAUUUAUGGAGCAUGGACAGGACUUAUAGUUUUAAACUUCGUAUCAAUUCAAAAGUUGAUCGUGGUUUCUUUUUGGCCGAUAAUGACUGGACGUGUUAUCGAAGAAAUUAUUUUCAAAUUAGCAGUGCAUUUUCCAUUUCAAGCGCGACUCAUCCUGUUAACGAAGCUGAUGUACCAUGCUUGCUUGAAGUAGACGGUCAAUUUCACACAGUAACUCAAUUCUUAUUAGGAAUCACAGCACGAGUAUCCAACAGUGACAAAAAGAUUGAGUUAGUACAACAUACUCCAAAACGUGAUAAAGGUCCUCAAAUGGUUCCUGUUCCAAAACCUAUUCGUCCUGGUGGAAAUCUAAAUCUUAGUUCAGUUGGUUCUAAUUCAAAUAUAGUUACUUUUGAACGUAUUCAAUUUAAAACCGCUACUGCAAAUAAUGGAAAACGUCGUGCUGCACAACAAUAUUAUGUAGUAAUGGUUGAUCUAUACGCUCAAGCAGAAAAUGGUGAACAAUAUCGAGUUGCUACAUCAACUUCAGCGCCUUUAGUCGUACGUGGUCGUAGUCCUGGUCACUAUGCUGAUAAUCAUGAUCGUUAUAAUCCAAUGGGAAUGAAUCCUGCUUUUCCUAAUGAUCGUCACAUUGGUUUUCCACACCCUACUGGUCCAAAUGGGUCUGUGAUGCCACAAGAUUUUAAUGGUGGUCCUUUUCCGGGACCAUAUGGACAGUAUCCACCUUUUCAAGGUUUCCCACCAGUAACUGGUGGUCCAAUUAGAAAUGAUGCUUUAUUAAUGAUGGCAGGUCCAAAUGGACAAACACCACCUUUUCAUCCACAACAUCCUCAUCAACAAUAUAUGGUACCAGCAAUUGGUGACGCUGAAAAUCAAAAUCCUGAAGUUUAUAAUAAUCCUAACUUGGAUCCGAAUAUUGUUAACGUUGCUACAACUUCUGCUCCACACUCUGCAUUCUCUAAUUUUGAGUCACGUCAAAUGCCAAACGCAAAUUCGAAUGUUGCUGCUGUAGGUGGAAAACCAUUUAUGAAGAUUGAAAUUCCACAAUCAACAGAACUUCCGGAUCAUCCUCUAACUUCUCCAGCAUAUCAUUCGCAGGAGUAUGUAGAAGGAUUACAUUUCUAUCAUACACCUGCUAAUAGCGCAUCGGCGCAUCAUGGAGGUUACCAUUCUGAUAGUGAACAACAUCAUAGUAAUGGAGUAAACCAAGAAAAUGGUCGACAAACAAGAUCAGAUGAAUCUUCAGAACAUAAUUCUAAUCAACCUCAUUCUUCACAAGUUAAUGGUGAUAAAUCAGAACAUGGUUCAAAAUCACCAUCUACAGCAAGCAAUGUCCUCGGACAUAUGGCAGAAAGUGUCGCCCAUAGUGUGGCAUUACCAUUCGUUGAUCUUCUCUAUGCCAAAGAAAGAGUUUACUCUUGA